UCAACCCGAAAUCAACGCCGACCUACCUUUCUGGGUUAAUUUUCUUCCAAAACUCUAAACGAAAUCUCAGGGUAAGAUCCAGACAUUGUUCUGGCAAAUAUGAUGAAGGAAAAGACAAAAACCAAGAAAUUCGAAACUCUAAAGAAAACCAGCAAGACCAUUUGUAUUUGUAUAAGAGCAAAGGCCAACAUCUCCUAACCAACACACGGAUUCUCGACGCUAUUGUUGAAAGAUCGAACAUAAGACCUACUGACACCGUCUUAGAAAUCGGACCCGGCACCGGAAACCUUACUGUCAAGCUCCUUGAGGCUGCUGAAAAGAUUUUCGCCUUCAAAAUUGAUAGAAGAAUGGUUGAUAUUCUCAACAAACGUGUUGCUGAUUAAGUGUUGCAAGAUAGGCUCCGUGUAUGUUUUGAAAUUUACAUGUUCGAUGAAAUGCCUAAGAGAACCGGAAGUUAUAUGUAAAGAUGCAAUGAAGGCGGAGUUUCCUCGAUUCGAUCUUGUUGUAGCCAACAUUCCAUAUGGGAUAUCGUCGCCCCUUAUAGCUAAAUUGAUUUAUGGAGGAAACCUCUUUAGGAGUGCUACAUUGCUUCUUCAAAAGGAGUUUACACGUUGGUUACUAGCUAAGCCUGGCGACUCGGAGUUCAACAGAUUGGCUGUGAAUGUGAAGUUGGUGGCUGAUGUUGAAUUCGUAAUGGAUGUAAGCAAAAGGGAGUUUCUUCCUUGCCCUAAAGUGGAUUCCUCUGUUGUAAUAAUCCGACCCAAAGUCGAAAUCCCCAAUGUUAACCUUAACGAGUGGUGUGCCUUUACAAGGACUUGUUUUAGCAAAAAGAAUAAGACCCUAGGUGCCACGUUUAAGCAGAGGAAGAAGGUAAUACAGCUGCUGAAAUUGGCUGAAACAAUAAGCUCAAAUAGAGAAAAUGCUCUAAUCGGCCAUAAUUAUGAAUGUAAUGAGUAUUAUGAUGGCAACAAUGAAGAAGAAGAUACCCAUUGGGAGGAUAGCUUUGCAUUCUCUAGCUCUUAUCUGGAAAUGAAUUUGUUCAAGGAGAAAAUUGUUGGGAUUUUGAGAAAAGGUGGAUUUGAAGAUAAGAGGCCUUCAAAGCUGUCUAACGAGGAGUUGUUGCCUUUACUAUCUUUGUUUAAUCAAGGUGGAAUUUAUUUUCAUGACCAUGUUAAACCAAAUAAUUCAAAUAAUGCAAAUGUUGAUUUUGUUGCCGCUUAUGUUUCAUAGCAGGCUCUAUUAUUCUUA